AUGCAGCGUGAGUGUAUCUCCAUCCAUGUGGGUCAGGCUGGUGUCCAGAUGGGCAACACCUGCUGGGAGCUGUACUGUCUGGAGCACGGCAUCCAGCCAGACGGCCACAUGCCUGAAUCCAGGCCUGCAGGAGGCUCUGAUGAUUCCUUUACCACUUUUUUUAGUGAGACUGGUACCGGCAAGUAUGUGCCUCGGGCUAUCUUUGUCGACCUGGAGCCCACCGUCAUAGAUGAGGUGCGCACAGGCACAUAUCGUCAGCUCUUCCAUCCCGAGCAGCUCAUCUCUGGGAAGGAGGAUGCUGCCAACAACUACGCUCGUGGUCACUACACAGUUGGGAAAGAGCACAUUGAUUCAGUAUUGACCAGGAUCCGUAAAUUGUCUGACCAGUGCACUGGCCUCCAAGGUUUCCUAGUGUUCCACUCCUUUGGAGGAGGAACUGGUUCUGGCUUUACCUCUCUUCUAAUGGAACGUCUUUCAGUCGACUUUGGCAAGAAAUCCAAGCUGGAGUUUGCCAUUUAUCCAGCCCCUCAGGUGUCGACUGCUGUGGUGGAGCCGUACAACUCCAUUCUGACCACACACACCACCCUAGAACACUCGGACUGCGCCUUCAUGGUGGACAACGAGGCCAUCUACGACAUCUGCCGUAGGAACCUAGACAUCGAUCGUCCGUCGUACACCAACCUAAAUCGACUUAUCAGUCAGAUCGUCUCCUCCAUCACCGCCUCGCUGCGCUUUGACGGAGCUCUGAAUGUAGACCUGACUGAGUUCCAGACUAAUCUGGUGCCCUACCCGCGCAUCCACUUCCCCCUGGCGACCUACGCCCCCGUCAUCUCGGCAGAGAAGGCGUACCACGAGCAACUGACAGUGGCGGAGAUCACCAACUCCUGUUUCGAGCCAUGCAAUCAGAUGGUGAAAUGCGACCCUCGCCACGGCAAGUACAUGGCGUGCUGUCUGCUAUACCGAGGCGAUGUCGUGCCUAAAGACGUGAAUGUGGCUAUUAGCAACAUCAAAACCAAGCGCUCCAUCCAGUUUGUAGACUGGUGUCCCACUGGCUUCAAGGUGGGCAUCAACUACCAGCCCCCCACUGUGGUUCCUGGUGGAGACCUGGCCAAGGUCCAGAGGGCCGUGUGCAUGCUGAGCAACACCACCGCCAUAGCUGAGGCCUGGGCCCGACUAGACCACAAGUUUGAUCUGAUGUAUGCCAAGAGGGCCUUUGUGCACUGGUACGUGGGAGAGGGGAUGGAGGAAGGAGAAUUUUCCGAAGCCAGAGAGGACAUGGCUGCUCUAGAGAAGGAUUACGAGGAAGUGGGUGUCGACUCAUGGGAGGAAAAUGAGGAUGGAGAGGAGUAUUAG